AUGCUGCGGUGCCUGCGCCCCGUCCCGCGGCUCUGCCCGCGGCUCCGCCCGCCGCCGUGCCCGGCCCCGUGCCCGCCCCGGCGCUGCCUGGCCGCGGCCCCGGGCGCCCCGCGGCUGCCGCUGCGGCGGCGGCUGGCGGCGGCGGGCGCGGUGGCGGGCGCGGCGGCGGCGGGCUGGCUGUACGUGCGGCACGAGAAGCGGCGGCGGCAGCGCGCCCGCCGCCUGGCCGAGCUGCGGCGGCUGGCGCUGGGCCGGGGCGACUUCCAGCUGCGGGACACGGCGGGCGCGGCGCGGAGCAAGGCGGAUUUCCUGGGCCGCUGGGUGCUGCUGUACUUCGGCUUCACGCACUGCCCGGACGUGUGUCCCGAGGAGCUGCAGAAGCUGAGCCGCGCCGUGGAGCUGCUGGAGCGCGACCCGGCGCUGCCGCCGCUGCAGCCGCUCUUCGUCACCGUGGACCCCGAGCGCGACGACGCGGCGGUGCUGGCGCGGUACCUGCGCGACUUCCACCCGCGCCUGCUGGGGCUCACCGGCACCACCGAGCAGGUGCGGGCGGCCGCCAAGGCCUUCGGCGUCUACGUCAGCACCGGGCCCCGCGACGCCGACGGGGACUACGUGGUGGAUCACUCGGUGCUGACGUUCCUGGUGGAUCCCGACGGCCUUUUCCGGGACUGCUACGGCCGCUCGCGCACGGCCGAGGAGCUGGCGCGCAGCGUCCGGGCGCACAUGGACGCCUACGAGCCGCUGCCCCCCGCGGGAGCCGAAUAAACGGCCGGGAGCCCGCCCCAGA